AUGUAUACAAUUUGCUUGUCAUAAGUGUAUUUAAUAACUACUAAGGUAGUGUGUUUGUUUAACAUUACCUUAAUGAAAUGAGAUCACAUAUGACCUUUAGAAUUUUAUGUUAGUGUCUACAUCUGGUUGACUUAUAUGCUGAACUCAGCCUCUAACGCAUUAUGGAAUUCAGUUUGAAAUUCUUCUGAAAUGCAUCGACUUUUCUUCCUUUUUUGAUUUUUCUUGAAGGUCUACACUGGACCGUCAGAGCUGCUACUUAAUAGUUUAAUUUUGCUGCCUUGUCAUGAAUUUAAAUUAUUCUUGCUCUUGCUUAUAUUUUUUUAAAUAAAAUAAUUAGUUUUUUAUAAUUUAAACUCAAGUAGACUUAUGAAUUUUUAAUAAUUUGAAUGAUAGUUUAUAUAAAUCAUCCACUCAUGUGCAAGUGUGGGUGUGGGCUCUUGCUUUCUGUAAGCUUGUGCUCAGUAGUGAGACCGGAAUGGGAACCUGCUCCCAUCUCUGUCACUGUCCUUUUCCUGUCUGAGCACUUGGGAUCUUGGUAGAAGGAUGGGGGUAGGGGGCGUGUACUAUUUAAAAUAGGUGUAUUUGAAUAAAAUGAUGUAAGGCAGCCAUUUGGUUUUUAAUAUGGAAGGAAACUACUGAUAAAGUAGAAAUGAUGGAGCAGCUUAUGCUGGCAUUUACAUUUUUUUGCCUUCUGUUGCUGAGUGUACAAUUUACUCUCAUACUUUAUAUAAGAUGAUCAGUUAUGCAUUAGGAAAUUCUAAACUCUGGCUAUGUAGGCUAUUGCUAAAAGUUUUCAUGCUGUCCCAUUUUUACAGCUUAGAAACAGAAAGCAGACUUUGGAUUAUUUUUCAUUGGUUAUAGAUCUCAAAUUUUCUGUGAACUACAGGUUAGACAUUAUGCUGGCUAAUUGAGGGCGUGGUCUAUAUUCUGGGAACUGAGUUCUUGAGGCCAUGUAUUGUCCAUUCUUCUUUUUCUCCUUCUCUGUUUUCCUGUCUCAUAAGCUAAUCUUUUUUUUUUCUUUUUCUUUUUCUUUUUUUUGGAGCUGGGGACCGAACCCAGGGCCUUGCGCUUGCUAGGCAAGCGCUCUACCACUGAGCUAAAUCCCCAAUAAGCUAUUCUUAAGAAUUAGCGUAAGUCUCAAAAGGAAAUGUUGGGAUGGAAAGUUCAUUGAUGAAGAGUGCCCACAUAAAUACAAAUCCCUUUUCUGACACUGAUUGGCUCCCCAUCUCUUUAGUUUAUUAUUUCUCAAGUCACAUCCCUUGUCAUGUGUGACUAGAUCAGAGUGUCGGGGAAAAGAUGGGGAGUUUCUCCCAUAAUUCAUGCUGAAAUAUAUUCAUAAGUAAAUCCUGAAUGGAAUGUUGCUAUUAAAGAAUUGGAAGCGUAGCAUAAAUGCUUCAGCUGUAGUCUGGCUGAGUCUUAAAUAUAUUAUUAAAAAAGAAAAAGAAAAGAAAGAAAAAGGGGAAAAUAAGGUUCUCCAAGAGCUGACUUGAAUCCAGGGCCAAGCUCUGUGCUUGGUGCACAUGAGGACCUUAAGAACAGUUCUCUUUCAGUGGCCACAGACUGACAGCUGCCUAGACUUAUUUUUAUUCUUUAACCGCUGCCCAUUUCUAUAGUUAACAUCUAAUGUCAGGUACGACUAAAAAUCCAAUUUUCUUGCCUCUUAAAAGCUGCUAGAUAGGGCAGUGGUAGGCUUGUUUUUCUGUACAGUCAUCUGCACCAAGUAUAAAACAUGUCUCCAGCCCAUCCUUUUCACUCUGACACUUGUGCAGCUAGUUUCACUAGAAUCCUUUUUGUACUCAGUUAAUGGGAGUGCUGACAGCCUUAAAUAUCUAAAGUACAGUUUCUAACCAGAAGAAAACAGUCUGCUGUACUAUACCUAACCUAAGGGAGAUCUAACAUGUAAAUUAAGUGUAUUCUUUACGAUAUGACACUUUAGGUAGCAGAUUUUCUAAUUGAAAUGUAUUUUAAGGUUUGCUUUCAUUUUAUGGGUACAGGUGUCUGUGUCUGUGUCUGUAUACCACAUGCAUGCAGUGUCCCCAGAGGUCAGAACAGGGAUGCUGGAUCCCUUGAAUCUGGAGUUAGAGAUGGUUGUCCACUGCCAUGUGAGUGCUAGGACUCAAACCUGGGUCCCUAAAGAGCAGCCAGGGAUCUCCAAUCCCGGUUCUUUUUGUUUGUUUGUUUGAUUUUUGUUUUUUAAGUGGUAGAGUUAGUAACAUCAGCCUAAGAUUCAAUGCGAGAUGAUUACUCAUUACAAGUGCAUAAAGGGACUGAGAUUGUCUUCUGUUAAAGGCGUCACUGUCUUAAAAACAUUACUGGCUAUCAUCUGUUUUUGACAGUGGUGUGGAGGAGGAAGGACAGACUAAAUCACAUUCCAGAAGUGCAGCUUGGUAAAUAAAGUAACAUUUUGUCAAAAUUUUCUGCCCAAACUAAACAAUGCAUAAUGAAUUUUCUAAUAUGAACUUUUCUAAAUUGAAAAUAUUUUUGAUAAAAUACUUUUCUUGCAUAGAUAACAACGAAAGCCAAUAUACAGUUAGCUUUGAAAAAAUCUCUCUUUACAUUUAGUAGUUAACAACCAUGUCAGAUGUCAAAAUGGCUUUGAUUGUGUGUGAACAUGGAAUGUUACUGUGAGUGGAGUGAUUUGAACCCACAUUUUCCAGAGCAUCAGCCAAGUUCGCUUGCUUGCUUGGUGUGCUUGCUUGUCUGUCUGUCUGUCUGCCUCCCUCCCUACUUCCUUCCUUCCCUCCCUCUUUUCUUUCUUUCUUUGGGUGAUAGUUUUAUUGUGUAGUCCAGGCUGGCCUCAAACUCUUCCCGCCUUCUGGAAGCUGGGAUUAGGCAUAUGCCACCGUACCCAACAGCUUCUUGACAUUCAUAAAAUGACAGGUAACUCCAAGGAAAAUACCCUUUGGAAGCAGAUUUCAAGAUAAAAAUGAAAUCUGUAACGGAUGAAGAAGUUGCUAUCUUGUACAGGAAGUAGACCACUUUGGUUCCCACACGGCCCAAAGACAGUGACUGGGGAGAAAAUUUCUGUUCAGAGAGCUUAGAUAGUUCAAGUUAGAACUCUCACAAAGUGGGGUUUUUUUGUUUUGUUGUUGAUUCAUAAUAGUUUGGAAUUGAAGCUACCAAGAACCACAUCAGUUGACCACAGCAGUAUAAAUUUAAUGAGGAGAUUUAACUUGAGAGAUGUCUGGGGAGUUCUGCAUUUGCUGAGUGUAUCCAUCCUGUCACUGAAGUAAGCCAAAUGCAGUUGGGAAAAUUGUGACCGUGGUGCUUCUUUGUCAGACAUGGAAGUUCAUGCGUUAUAGCGGGGCAUUAACAAACAUGUCAGGAGAGGCCACGCCCGCCCUUGCUGCUAUUCAGUUCAGGAUAAAUCGCUUCAUCUCUUUGUGCUGUUUUUUGACCACUAGAAAUGAUUAAAGAAUUAGAAAGUACAUGUUAACCACCUGGAGUAAAAGGAUUCUAAGUUUGAGGCUGGCUUAGACAAUUUAGCAAGACUAAAAGGUAAUGUCAAACAAGAGUCCUGGCUUUGCGAGUAGACUGGGUAUCUUCGGAUUUUACUGCUGGGAACAGACACACGGCCAAGGCAACUCUUAUAACAACAUUUAAUUGGGGCUGGCUUACAGGUUCAGAGGUUCAGCCCAUUAUUAUCAAGGCAGGAACAUGGUAGCAUCCGGUCAGGCAUGGGGCAAGCAGAGCUGAGGGGUUCUACAUCUUCAUCUGAAGGCUACUAGCAGAAUUCUGGCUUCCAGGCAGCUAGGAUGAGGGUCUUAAAGCCCACACCCACAGUGACACAGCCACUCCAACAAGGCCACACCCACUCCAAACAGGCCACACCUCCUAAUAGUGCCACUCCCUGUGCUGAGCAUAUACAAACCAUCAUCACAUUAGAUAAACGUUUGGUCCAAGAACUGUUUUUUAUAGGACCUAGCCUUGGUCCUCCAUAGUAUAAAAGCUGUAAGUCAGAGGGUCUAGACAUUUUUAAAAAUCAGUGUGAUAAACUAAUUUUUGCCAGUUUUCAUAAAAUGUAAUUUAAGCUCAUUUUAUUUUGAUGUCUCUCAAUUGUGUCAAGCAAUUCUUUUCAUUGUAUCCCUCAAAACUAUUCAUGUGUUGGUGCACUGGAACUAAGAUGUCAGUCCUCUGCUUCCUCUGCUGCUGUUGGCUGAAGUGGCCGUGAGAGGAUCACCAGUCCUCUAUUUUGGCACUGUCAAUAGGCAGGAAUGAUGAGCUGAUUCUGAUAAUUCACUGCAAGUGAUUAAUUAGCUCAUUUGAUAUUAAAAUAAUACAUAAGUGCUUAUAAUUUGCAUUGUAUUUUACGCUGUAUUAAACUUAAAGUUGGAUGCUUAACCAAGUACAAAGAGGGAGAGCAGACAACCUAAAAACUGAGAGGCUGGAGUCAGAAUCACAGACCUCUGGCCCCAGCACCUGACAGCUGAGGUAGAAGAUUAGUGCAGCAGUCCUCAACCUUCCUAAUGUUGCAACUCUUUUAAAACUCAGUUCCCCAUGGAGUAGUGACCCCCAACUGUAACGUUAUUUAUUGUAAUGUAAAUAUCUGAUGCGGAGGAUAUCUGAUCUAUGACCUCUGCAAAAGGGUGUUUGGACUCCCAGAAGGCAAAACCUAUAGAUCAAGAACCUCUGAUACUGGGUUUAAGGCCAACCUGGGCUCAAAUGAAAUACAUUGUACCUGGUGGUUUGAAUAAGAAUGGUCCCCGUAGGUUCAUAUAUUUGAAUGCUUAGUUACUAGGAAAUGGUAGUACUUGAAAAGAUUAGUUAAGUGUGACUUGCUGGAGGAGGUGUGUUAUGAGUGGGAUGAGCUUUGAGAUUCCUAAAGCCCAUGCCAAGCCCAGAGUCUCUGUCUCUGGAUCAUGCCUGCCAUGCUAUACUUCCCACUACCAUGAUAGUGAAUUAAACCCAGAGACGGUAAGCAAGCCCCCAGUUAAAGGCUUUCUUUUAUAAGAGUUGCUUUGCUUUGGUCAAUGGUCUCUUCACAGCAAUAGAAAAAUGAGUAAUAUAGAAGUUGGUAUGGGGUGUGUGUGUGGAGGUGUUGCUGUGAUAGGCCUCACCAUGCUGCUUGUUGGAGGAAUUUGGAAGACUUUAGGACUUUGGCUUAGUAAGUACUUGACUGCUUUAAGUGGGACUUAAUGAGCCAUACUGGGAGGAGCAUGGCAGACUCUGUGCUGAGAACAACUUCGACACUCUGUCUCUGUCUGUCUCUGCCUCUGUCUCUCUCUCACACACACACACACACACCCCGAAAGAUUUAAGAAGGGAAGAAUAUUAGUAAGUCCUAGAUACCAUUCUUGUGAUAUUUUAGCCAAGAAAAUGCCCUUGUCUGAAAAACCUGCCGGAGGAUGAAGAAUUUUGGAUUAAUGGCCUUUGAAGAGGAGAUUUCAAGACAUUCUAGUAUUAUUGGUUUUGUUGUGUGAUCACUAGUGGCUCCUCAUGUGCAGAUCUAUAAUGUAAAGGAACAAGCUGGACAAGGAAAUACACUUACAGUUUGUGGUGAGAAAGGAGCACUGUGAAGUAAUUAAUGGUGGAGCUGAGUAUUGUGCUCAAGGAGAGAGAAAGUUUAAAGAAAAACCUGUUGCUAAAUGGAGUGGUGACUUCAGGGCAGCAUCUUACCCACAUCACUCUCUGACUUUUGAAAAGGAAUUAAAGAAAAACUUCAGCAAGGAAGGCAGAAAGCUGAUGUAAGUGUUCUUGAACAGGGAUGCCAAGUUCCAGCCCCAGCAAGCAGCAUAACUUUUUGGCAGCUUCAGCCAUGUAGUUCUGGCAUUAGAGUUCAUGAUACAAGAAAGGGUUGUGAAAUCUCCCUGUAGUGCUAAGGAAAUCUGAGGCUGGGCAUGUGUGAGGGUGUCCUGUAUGGAGGCCUAGGGAGGCCAUUGCAUGAAGGUGUGAAGGUAAAACCUGGCUUGCGUUGGAGACCCAAAGAUGCUGGAGAUGCUAGUCUUGGCACACCUGCCAAGGAGAGCUGCAGACUCGACAACAGUAAAAGGAGUUGGAAAUGCAGAAUUUGGAGUUUGCCCUGCUAGUUUUUGGUUAUGAUUUGCUCCAGUAUUUCCUCAUAUGUUCUCCUUCCUCCCUUUGGAAUGAUAAUGUAUAUUCUGUGCCAGUAUGUGUUGGAAGUGUGUGAUCCGCUUUUCGAUUUUGAUUUUCAGGACGUUAAGAUUAAGAGCGGGCCUUCAGUCUCGAAGACUUGACAUUUAAACAGUAUCGGGACUGUGAUAGACUAUGGUGAUUUUUGAAGUUGGACUGAAUGCGUUUUUGCCUUAUGAUAUGGCUAGAAGCCUAUAGGGGCGAGGGACCAGGAUGGGUGGUUUGAAUAAGAAUGGCCAUGGGUUCUUAUAUUUGAAUGCUUAGUCACCAGGGAGUGGCUCUGUUUGAUGUGUGGCAUUGUUGGAGGAAGCCUUGAGGAGAGUGGGCUUUGAGGAUCCAAAAGCUCAUGGAAGCUCAGCGCCUCCCUCUCUACCUGUGGAUCAGGACAUAGCUCUCAGCUCCUUCUCCAGCACUGUGCCUGCUGCUCUUCUCCCCACCGUGAUGAUAAUGAAUUCAGCCUCUGAAACGUUAAGCAAGCCCCCAUUGAAUGCUUUGUCUUAUUCAUCGCUUUGGUCAUGGCAUCUCUCUCUUCACAGUGAUAGAACAGUGACUAAGACACUAAAGCCUCCGAAGCUAAGCUGGUGUCAGAGCUGUGUGUCCCCUCUCCCCAGUAUUAAGUGUGUGGCUGACUCUGAAGUCUCCUUGUAGUUUGCUGUCAUUUUGCUGUCUGCUGGGGUGGAGUGGGUAGGGUGACAGGUCUUGGAAGGACAAUGUGGUUGUCUCAGAAGAACUUACCAUGUCCUUUCAGUUAUUAUCUUUCACAGGUAACACGGUUGUCUGCAUAACAGAAGAUUCCCAUUUACUGUUUAUACAACAAUACUUCUUUAUUCAUGCUUAGAGUCUCAUGCUUAUGUAAAGGGUAACUUAAGUGAGGUAAAAACAAGGACAAAGCUAGAGAGCAUGGUCAGAGGAGAAGGCUCCGCACCUGGGAGUGCUUACUGCUCUUGCAGUUCCUGGCGUCCACCUCAGGUGACUCAUAACUGCCGUCAGCUCUAGUUCCAGAGGGAUCUGACAUGUCAGACCUCUGUACAACUAGCAUUUACAUGGACCUACCCAUAUGUAAAAUACAUACAUACAGGUAUUAAAAUUAUAAAAAUAAAUCUAAAAAUAAAAAUGUAUUUUGAGAUCGUCCCUAGCAUUUUACAUACUUUUUAGUUUAUUAAUCUGAAUGUAGUUUGUGGAUUUGACUAUAGCUUAGGUCAUUUAUACUUUUAAAGUGGGGUAAAGUCCAAGUAAAUGGAGUUGUAGAAUUUUUAUCAGUAAAUCAUAAGGUAACUAAAAAUAGUUGAAACCAAGGGACCCACAGUCAUUGGUGGUGACUUGAUGCUUGCCCACAAAGACCUGGCUAACGGAAAUGAUAAAUCAGCCAUAUAAUUUUGACAGGAAUUAUGGCGUUGACAUUUGUAAUUCAAUAUAUCCUUGUUUUGGUAGGAGGAAAGAACAUACUUUAGUAAUGUUAGUUGGUGUAAAUAUGUUGAUUUACUUGACCAUCUUAAUAAUGGCACAUAGGUAUGUGCAUCUUAUUCGGAGAAUUGUCAAUGUGGCUAACAGCAAGUUUGCUUUCAGAAAUUUGUAUUUAUUCAUUAAUAAAACUUGAAAAAACAGUUGUAUAUUAAAAGAAUGAAGAUAGCUUUUAUUUAAUGAGGUAUAAUUUAUGGUUUUAAUGAUUGUAUAAUUAGAAAAUAUUAAAUUAUAUAUAAUAUAAUAUAUUUAUUAGUUUGUGACCAAGUAAGCUAAGGAUUUAAAAAAAAUUGGGAAUUAAAUUGUUUCAUGUGGCAGGAGUUGAGUUUUGGUUAUGUAAAUGUUAGAAGUUGCUUUUGUUUUAUUCCUGGGAAUUGAACUCUUUUAGUGGAAACUAGCUAGAUGGCUUCUAGAACCAGUCAGUGCCUGCUGGAGAACUAAUGGUGAGGGUUUUCUCCCCAGCAAUGAAGAAAGGUCUGCUUUAUGUAAAUUGUUCUUACUGGCGCCAGCUAGCUGGAACUGCAGUCUGCCUGUGCAGUGGCAGCAGAUAACAUGUGUCAUGGACUUGCUCUUUGGAAUGUGUGAGAACUCAGCCUUUGGGCUGAUGGAGGAGAGUGGAAGCAUUAGUGUCACAGUAAUGAGACGUCCAACACUGGCAGUGCCAUGGAUGAGUGAGAGCAGCUGAGUGCUUUAAGCUUUAAGCUCUGCUCUUAGAGACCAUACCUACUGACACCAUUAGUGGUAGGUGGGAGGUACUUAACUGCGAGCGAGCGGUUGCUGCAGACCCCAUAGUUGGCCAGAUAGAGAGCGGCACAGAGAAUUGGGAUUCCAGGCAUCGUCACUGCAAACAGUCCUUUUGAAGAGAAGCGAUUGUGCUCUGUGAGCAUCACUGACAUGUUGAAUGACAGCCUUUUGGCUUCUUGGUGGUUAAUGGGAUAUUGAUGGGAUGUUUGCUGCACAAACUACACAACAGAUGUGCAGCACUGAAAGGAGUCACAACAUGUGGCCAACUAUUGUAUUGUGUUCCUGAGAUUUUUUAAAUGAAUAUGAAUCAAAUAAGAAAUUUAAACUCAAGAAGGCUAACCUAGGCAUCUCAUUAGAGAUUAAAGUUUGCAGUGGCCUAAAUGAAGAAGAGGAAAUUUUUUUACAGUAUCAAGCUGCCCCCAGGUAAGAGAUUUAGGUCCCUUUCUGUGACAUAUCCUCAUCCUAGGUGCUCCGGCUGUCUCUCUGCCUUUGGGUGUUUUGUUUUUUGUUUUUUGUUUCUUAGCUAUAGUAAUAACAGGCUUAGUAGGUUGUUCAUGUUAAUAUUCAGGAGAUUUUGAGAGCCAUAUUUGGAUUUAGUCUUUUAAAGAGAUGUCAUUGUGAAAUUACAUUUGAAGUGAAAUGAACUAAAUAAAUGAAAUGAGUUUCAUGUGAAUUUGUUCGUGUAUAUAAUUAAUUCAUAUUACACAUUGAACCAGGCAUGUUACCAUGUCCUCAGUUACAUCAACACCAGCUGGUAUAUGAAGAGAAAUGACAUUCUGUACCUUAACACACUGUCAAGUUUACAUUUAACACAGAGGUUAACAUAUGGUAGAUCAGACUGCUUAUGCAUUCACAUUUGACCUACAUGUUAACAAUAGGCGUUUAUACAAAGUCAACACUGUCCAGUUUUUCACUCCACAUUUGUAAUAAAUUCAUUUCCAAAUAUUUAAAGUUAUCACAGUUUUAAUAUGCAUUAAUUAAGAUAUCCAUUAUAUCUAAUAGUUUAUUUCAUAAGUUGACCAAUGGUACAUAGGCGUUGUUAUUCUUGUGUUGUACACCUAAAAUAUUACAUCCUACUUUCCGUUAAAAUAUGUAUGUAUAAUAGAGGGUGUAUAUAUAAUUGCUAUAAAGAUAGAAAGGUGUAUGCUUGUGAAGAAAUGCAUGUGUCCAUUAAUGAAUAACUCUGACUGAAAAAAAAAAAGCUGAACUAAGGACAAGUUAGGAGAUAAAAGUGUGAGAUGUAGUAGUUCUCUUUCCUCUAUAGCAAUAAAUUAUUUAGCAUACCAUAGAACCAUAAAGUCUUGGAAACGAGUUAGGGCAGAUUGGAGUAGUUUGAACUGCCUUGCUAUAUAGGUGUUGUUGCUUAGGUUCCAGACAGACAGACAGACAGACAGACAGACAGACAGACAGGGAGGGAGAGAGGGAAUCCCCUUGUGCGGCAGCUUGUGUUGAUGGCCAACAGGUUUGGAAGAUGAAGACGCUGUUCUCGUUCUAGUCUGUUGUGUCAGGCAUGGGGCAGAUUGAUGCUUUUGAUAUAAAGUUGGCUUUUGUCAUCUCUUCAAUUCCUUCUGUCCCAGGUCUGUGUUCCUGAAGUCAUUAAGAUACCUUGUAUUUUCUAGGCUAAAUAUUCUCCAUUUUCCACAACUAUUUCUCAUACAACAUGUGGUUCAGAGCAUUCUUUAGGAUGGGCAUUCUCAUUGUUAGUUUUUAGGUGGUAAAAGGCUGUCUCUAAUGUUCAGUCAGUCUGCUACUCUGAAGCGGUAGGUACCCUUCUCCUUGACUUUAGAUUUCUGUUCUGGAGUUUACCUUUGGUUUUGGUGACCAUUUCGUGCUGUUGAAGAUUUUAAGCUUGGAGGUACAUUUCUCUAUUUGUUGGGAGAGAGUGUAUGUCAUGAUACUUGUGUAUAGGUGAGAGUCAUUUUUCCCCUCUGGCUCUAUGUAGGUUUUGGGGAUUAAACUCAGGUCAUCAAAUUAUGAAAGCCUUUACCUACUGAGACAUCUUACCAGCCCACAUCUUGAGUUUAUAAUAAAUUAAAAGUCUUCAGUCCUUUCUGGGACUCCAUUUCUGUAAUUUACGUGAAUGUCUGAGACAAGCAGAUUUCUCAGUCUGCAUGUCUCACAUUCCUAUCACUAUUCCCUGCUUUCUCUGCAUCUUGCUGGCUUGCUGUAUUUCCCUUUAUGUUUUCACGGUUUGACAGCUGUGCUUGAGCUUCUUUCAUGGUUUCUGCCUUUGUUGUAUUGAAUGGACAGUAUACCUUCCUGGUUGUGUUAGUGUUUUGGGGUUAGUACAGUUAAGUAGGCUAACUUCUUUGAAUUAGUGAGAUUAGGACUCCAUUUAAAAAAGAAAAAGAAACUGACCUCAUCAACUUUAUUAAGCCCACCAACACAUCUGUCCAUCUGUCUGUCUAUCCACCAAUCCACCCACCCAUCCCCCAUCCACCCACCUACUCUCAAUCCAUCCACCUACCCACCCAUCAACAUCCGUCCACCCAUGAUCAUCUGUCCAUCUGUCUGUCUGUCCGUCUGUCUAAAUAUUUCUUUUUAGACAAAGUCCUCUAUACCACUGACUGGCCUAGAACUCAGCCAUCUGCCUGCCUCUUCCUCUGUGCUAGAAUUAAGUGUACCACUGCCGACCUGGGCUAUCAGCCUUUAUCUGACGAGUUUUGCAGAAUUACUUAGGAUAUAGUCUGGUAGUGCUUUGCUCUUAAGUUUUCUACAAAUUGUCUCUUUAAUCUGUUUCUUUCUUUGUUUUAAUAGAUAAUCUCCUUAUCCUGCUGGUCUAUAUAAUUUUAUUUGUGGGGGUUUUUGCAUUUAGGAAAAAUUUAUUACCACAUGUGAGCUCACUGUUGAUAUUUACUGGUAUAUUUAUAAGAAUUUUACAUUUUGGCUGUUGUGGUAUAUGAUUCUAUGUAUCUCCCUAUCAUUGUAGGUUAAUAGAUGUUUUUUGAUUGUAUCUACUGUAGAUUUUAGGAAGAAAUGUGUAUAUGUCAGUUUGGGGAUUUAUUUUUUCCUCCUGAACUUCUGAGCCCUGUUUUGUUUUGUAUGAUAUGAAAUACAUUAUUUAGUGUUUCUGAUGUGUGCACUUGGAGUGAAUCUCUUGGGUGCAUUACUUGAUUUUCACUUUGAAUUCUUUAAAAAUAUGUUAUAGCAUUUAUUUAUAUGCUCCUCUAAUUUGGGUCAGCAUUUGGCUAGCAUCUACUUUGUCAGACCCUCCUUUUCAGAGCUUCUGUAUUGCCUUAUUAUAAGAUAGGCCUCUUAGACAGAGUACCUGCCUAUAUAUGAUUUAAAAAAUAUGUUCACCAACUUGAAAUUCAGUGUGCUCUCUCUCGCUUUAUUUUUUUUGAGACAGGGUCCCUCAUAGAACCUGAAUCUCUCCGUCUGGCCAGUGAGCUCCAGGGACCCUCCUUUCACUGCCUCUCUAGUGCUAGCUAGGAUCAUAGGCACAUGCUGCUGGGCCUGGCCUUUAAUGUACUCGCUGAGGACUUAAACUGUUGUUGGUCUGCAUGCUUGGUGGGGAAGUCCUUUACAAAAUGUGUGAUCUCCUAGGUCUCAACAUUCUCAUGUUCAUAAAGGCGGGGAAGUGGUACUUACUGUACAUGGGAUACCCUGUGAAUUUGUCAUUUGAAUGGUGGCCUACUGGCUUUGCAUAUCUAGUGUACCCUACCUACAGCCAUAUACACUUAUCUCCCUUAGUACUAGCAUAGAAGACAGUAAGUAAGUGGAAUAUGGCUAGCUGGUCAAAUAGAAAUUACUCAAUGUACUUUCACAUGGAGAUUCAAAGUGGUCUAAGUGAACGUGUGUUUGUGUUCACUCUUCUCAAGUGAGCUGCUUUAACAGGCUUGGCAUUUAUUCUUCCAUACUUGGAUAAUAUCACUUGGAUGACCACAUAUGUGUUCAGAAUUUUCUGUGUGUUUGGCAAUGUAAUGUUAUAAAAUAGGAAAAUAUUUCUCGACUGCUUAUGAUAUCAGAGUAUUUGUACAGAGACAUUAUUAUAGGACCAGUAUCCUACAAGAGAAUAUAAACACAAGGAAAGUAGUAUGCCUUAAGUAGCAGCCAGUCAGGCAGGAACAGUGCAGAUAGUCACAGGCAGGCCUCUUUUUGAUGAGUUACUAACUCCUGUAGUAUAUUUUUGACACAGUACUUUCAGAAAUUUCUUCAUACCUUAAAAAAAAAAGGUCAAUUAUAGUUUAAAAACCGUUUAAUGUUCUUUAGUUUGGAUGCUCCAUUAUUUUUGAAAACUAUUUUCUUAGUGAUUUAUUUUCUUGUUUGUUAUUUAUAGUGUAGCUGUGUAUUCUGUUAAGUUCCUCUUUUAAACAGUCUGGCAUAACCUGAGAUAGAAAGGUCAGGCACCUGGGCAGGGCUAAUGUCUGUCUGUUCUCAACAGCGCUUCUGAUUAAUUCUGACAGCAAGCAACAUGAUGUCUCUACAUUAAUGCUAAUGAGAGAAUUUUCUUUUAUUUUUCAGAAUCAUUUGUAACUAUUCCUGUUUUCUAAAUGAUCCUCAGAAUUUGUGUUUAAUUUUCAUUUUAAGCCAUUGCAUUUUCCAUAAUUUUAUAUAUGACUUUUUGAUGUAGACUCGUGUCUACUCUUACUCAUUUAGUUAAAAAGUUGUCUUAUUGUUUAUUUACAUUAUGAACAAUUCUACUGCACUCUUAUUUUAAACAAUAAUUUACUUUUUCAUAAACUUUUAUAUUUGACAAAACAAUUUUAAUUCUUAAAAUAUUCCCUUUUUUAUAAACCACUUUUUUGUUUUACAUAUUAUUCUUAACAGUUAUAGUAAAAAAUUAUGUAGGCGAAAUUUUGGCUAGAAUUUUCUUUUGACAAGUUUUGCCUAGGAAGAGGAAGGUAUUUUUCUGCAUUAAGUCUUAUGUCUUACAUAGUUCAGUAUUUCACAUAGUUUAAAAAUUCAUUUGGUUUUUCUUGAUAUUCUGAGUGGAGAUUUUUCUUACUCUAGCUUCAAGGGUUUGAGAUUGUUGGUCAGGGUUUCUAGUAUUGAGUAUAGCACCACACUGUUGUGUGCUGAAGAUUUUUGUUUGAAAUGAUCUAUGUUUGCUUAAGGACUAAUCUUGACAUCACAAAGUUUUAUUUUUACCACUGUUAAUUUGCAUAAAUGAAUGGAUAUUGAAACAUCCAUUGCCAUCUGAGUUUUAUUCAGAAAGGAAAGCUGGGCUUUCUAAUUGUUUAGGUUAUUAGUACAUUUUCUAAAUUUAAAUUAUUGCAGUUUUAAAAUAGACUAUCUUUUAGUAAUGUGUCAAGCAUAUAGAAAUAGAUUUCAGGUAAAUGUAGUUGGUUUCCUCCAGUCCCUUAAGGUCUGAUGUAACCACAGUCCUGCGCACGCGCUUGCCUGUUUGCUCGCCCAGGCUACAUUGUUUGCUCAUUAGCAGAGGGACUUCAGGAUUGUCAACCUUCUGAGGAUUGUCAGGUUUUGGAAACAGCUGAAUAAGGUGCUAGGUGCUUGGCUUAUAGUUUUCCUGUCUAUCUUUGAUUAUUUUCUUUUUUCCUUUCUCUAUUCCUCCUCAUUGUUCCGCCUCCCUUUCCUCUUCUUUCUGUUCCUCAUCCUUUUUCUCCUCAUCUCAUCCUCCUCAUCUGCUUCUUUGAAUUCUGGAGGCUCUAGGCUCAGUUAAAUCCUCUAAUGUGGCAGACAGCCAGAUCUCCAAUAGACCCAAACUGAGCAUGCUGCUGUUGCCUAGCAACUACUGGUGAAGCCUUUGUCUCUGUCUGAAUUAUAAAUAGGGGUCUGAGCAGAAGUGCAGUUGAAAAUGGGAUUGGAAGGAAAGGCAUACUCUUUCUUCUCAUUUGAAUUUGAGGGACUAAAGAAGUUUUAAAUGUAGUCUUUAGAAAUCUGGCUUAUAAAAAUUGAGCUAAUCAGGAAGACAGUAAGGCUUUAUGAAUUUUUAUCUGUAGUUAAACAUUUAAAAUCUUUUUAUAAGUUAUUUUUAUUUGUGUGUGUACAUGUGUGUGUGUGAGAGUGUGUGCAUGUCUUGUGCACCGACAUACACUUAAGUUUGUGAGUGUCUUUGGCCCCUAGAGGAGGACUUUGGGUCCUGUGAAGCUGGAGUUGGGAGCCAGCAGAGAUCGGUGCUGGGAACCAAACUUGGGUCCUUUGCGAGAGCCACCAGGCCAAUUCCUAAAAGGCUAUCCUUUUAAAUGAUGAAAAACAUCUGUUUUGUAAUUGUUAGUGUGUGGGUAUGUGUGUGUGACUUUGAGUGCUGUCGGAAUAGGCCACCGGGACCUCUGCAGCCGGGAUCACAGAUUGCUGUGAGUUUCCCGAUUGUGGGUGCUGAGGAAUGCUUGGUUUUCUCAAAGUAAAACUGACCAAAUGUAAGUAAAAGGUGGGAAAAGAAGUUUAACUAGUACCACAGUAGAUGACAAUAGACAUCCUAAGGUGUAUAAAUAGUCAUAUUAAUCUAGAUUUAUCAGAGAGGAUCUCCCAUCACUUGUGAGGAAUAAACCUAAUUACUUUGUAGCUCAUUGCUUAAUUCAUAUUGCUUUCUUCUGUGAUGGGGUUAAUAAUAGUUUAUGGGCUCAUGAUUUAACAUUUUAUUUUAAUCCUUUUAUUAAGAUGUAAAUAGGGGCUGGGGAUUUAACUCAGUGGUAGAGCAAUUACCUAGGAAGCGCAAGGCCCUAGGUUCAGUCCCCAGCUCCGAAAAAAAGAACCAAAAAAAAAAAAAAAAAGAUGUAAAUAUUGCUAGAUUCUGGAUAUGCAGCAAACAAGAAUAGAACAUUAAGAAAAAGACUUUACUUUGUAUGUAAAUUCUUUAAUAAGUGCUUUUAUGCUGGAUGAAACUCCAUUUUAAUGUUUAGCCAUUGUGUUAUCAGAGGUAGAUUUACCAUCUGUUUUCCAGAGCUUUUGACUGUUUAUGGGUCUGUGUUUGAUCCCCAUCACCAUAAGAACAAAACCAAAACACACAAAAAAGGAAAGCACAUGAGGCAGUUGCUUGUUUUAGUAGAAAUGGACUCUGACACAACCUUUGACUUCGGCAGCUAUAACUUGAUUAAAGUGAAAUUCAAGUGUUACCUUUCUCGGCCUUUUUGUUUGUUUUUGUCUUACAAUUUUCCUCAUUAUCCGUGUACCUCCAUGCCUAGGAUCCAACCCUACGGCUACAUUCAUGCUUGGUGAGCCCUCUUAAUUUUGAGCCAAAUCCCUUGCCUUUAUAUUCUUCUUUCACAGUUGUUAUUAAUAGAUUACAGACUGUCACCUUUAGAAAUGAGAAUUCUUUCAGAGUAAAUUUGUAAUUUACAGAGAAAAAGGCACGCACAUGCUAAGAGCCAUGAGGUUUCAAGUUCAGAAUGAAACAUGUCUCACAUCUGGACAACUGAAGAUUUUUUUCCUUUUUUCUUUUUUGGUCUUUUUGGGACUGGGUUUCUCUGUGUAGCCCUGGCUGUCCUCAAACUCACUCUGUAGACCAGGCUGGCACCUAAAGAAAUUUUAAACAAGUACAUCUACACUGUACUAGGAACCAACUGAAACAUCAAAAAUGGAAAUUUUGUACAAAUUAUUUAAGUUCAAAUAUAUUUGACAAAAUUUCCCUCAGUGAUACUAAUUAACUUUUGGUAAAAUAAUUAAUAGAAGUUUGUUUUAAAAAAUGAGUAUGGAAAUCCUUACUGUAUUUAGAGGUCUGCUUUUUUGAGUUGUUUUUAGUACAGAACAAACAGACUUUUGAAAAUCAAUAAAUGACAUUCUCAAAUAAUUGCACAAAAAGUAGUGGAAAAUGCUGUAUUGUUCAGAUAUUUGGAUUUUUUUUUCCUUGAAAGCCUGGAAUUUGUUAGAACUGGGAUUCAGGUCCUCACUGUUCGCCUGGAAAAGGCAACAUGUAUGUGCAUGCACGUGUGCACACAGAAGAGCAGACAAUGGCAUGUUACUUGGCACGGAGCCAUUUAUACUUGGAGUUUGGUGAAAGGUGUCAGAUAAUGUUAGGUGUUAUAAAUUGCAAGACUUUCUCUCCAAGAAAUUAAGGUUUUUCAGCCAGGAAGUUUUGUUUUUAGGCUCACAUCUGUUCUAGGAAUUAGGCUUGCAUAUUGUUUCUAUUUUUAGGCUGUUGCCAGGUGGAUUUAAAUUUUCUCCUCUUAUGGUUGCCCAAGUUCUAACUUCCUGAUUGGUUACAUGGCUCUGCUUUCAUUAGCCAACCACAGUGACUAUGCAAAUUGUUUCAGUUUCUGUUUCUGUCAGAGCUGAUAAGAUGGCUGCAAGGGGCUCCUAUGGGAUUCAAAAUGGAUAAUAUAGAGGAACCACAGAAAAAAGUCUUCAAGGCUCGAAAAACAAUGCGAGCAAGUGAUCGCCAGCAGCUCGACGCUGUGCACAGAGUCAAAGAGGAGCUGCUGAGAACUGACGGGAAACUGCUAAAUGGGAACCAUGAAAAUGGAGACCUGGAUCCUACUUCACCUUUGGAAAACACAGAUUGUAUUCAAGAUAAAGAAGAAGUGAAUGGUGUUGAUGGGAUUUGUUUUGAAUCUGAAGAAAGUAAAACGGAAUGGAAAGAAACACCGUGUAUCCCCACUGUUGGUGUAAAAAACAAGCAAGAAGAUUUGAAUAGUGAAGCUUUGUCCCCCAGUAUAACUUCUGAUCUUGCUUCUAAAGUAACCACUGAACCAGCUUCUGGUACUCCAGCCUCCGAUAACCCAGGAUGUGAUACCCUAGCCUCCGAUAACCCAGGGUGUGAUACCCUAGCCUCCGAUAAUCCAGCCUCUGAUAAUCCAGCCUCCGAUAACCCAGCCUCUGAUAACCCAGGCUCUGGUGAUCUGGCUGCAGGAGAGCUGACGACUAGAGUACCAACCGCUGGUGAGUCCGCCUGUGAGGAGCUCCCCUCCAGCCAUCCAUCCUCUAGCGAUCCCUCUUCCAGUGAUCCCACCUUUAGUGAUCCCUGCUGUAGUGAUCCUGUCUCUGGAGAUACUGCUUCUGAAGAACCCACCUCUGAUGCUCUUGCCUCUGGUGACUCCGCUUCUGGUGACUCCGCUUCUGGUGAGCCAGUGUCUCAUGAGCCAGCUUCAAGUGAGCCAGCUUCAGAAGAAAGAGUCACAGGUGCAGUGGCGUCUUGUGACCUGGCCUCUGGGGAGUCAGCUUUGGAUGAUUGUGUCACCUCUGGUGACUCGCCUUCUGAUGAUCUGCCUUCUAGUGAGGAGUCGCUUCGUACGUCUGUCUGCAGCAGACUGGCUUCUGGUGAGUUGAUUCCUGGUGAGCUCACUGUGGAAUCAGCCACUGACAGUUUUAAACCAAGUUCAGUGCCGGUUUGUGAACCAGGUCCUGACACUGACAAGACAGAGCAGAAUAGCAAAAACAAUGAUGAUUGUCCAGACAGGAAUGACGACGACGAAGACUUAGCCCAAAUUCAAAGUAAAGAUGCAUUUGACGAGGGGAAUAAAGUGAACAGUAAUGUUGCUGAGAAGGAAGGAACUCUAGAAACACACAGUGCAAUUAUUCAUUCUGAUCAUCUACCUCCAGAAAAUACGAAGAAGGUAGAGGAAGACGCUGUUGCCGAGCCUGCUCUUGAGGAAGAGGCCAUCUCCAGCAGCAUGGAAGUUGACCAAAGUGAAAAGGACAGGCAUAAAAGUCCUGUAGAACUUGUUGACGCUGCCAGUGAGGACCCCACGGAGGAGGGCAAGAAGAAUACUGUCUCAGACAACACGGACUCUAUGGAAACAGAUGAGAUCAUCCCUAUCUUGGAAAAACUUGCACCCACUGAGGAUGAACUCAGUUGCUUUUCAAAAACUUCUCUCCUUCCAGUUGAAACAAGUCAAGACUUGGAGGAUAAAAUGGAGGGUUCUUUUGGCUCACCCUCAAAACAAGAAAGUAGUGAGAAUUUGCCAAAAGAAGCCUUUUUAGUCCUUUCUGAUGAAGAGGAUAUUUCGUGUGGAAAAGAUGAGUCUGAAGUUCUAGCACAGAAUAAGACGAGCUCUCCAGAGGGAGAAAGGAGUGAGAAGGACAGCAAAGCUGAGGAAGAGAAGCGAGUGCCCGAUGAGGAGCGGCCGCCUGGGAGAAAUGAAUUUUCCAGACGAAAACGGUCCAAGUCAGAAGACAUGGACAGUGUGCAGUCCAAACGGCGGCGAUAUAUGGAAGAAGAAUACGAGGCAGAGUUUCAAGUAAAGAUCACAGCCAAAGGAGACAUCAACCAGAAGCUUCAAAAGGUCAUACAGUGGUUGCUAGAAGAAAAACUGUGUGCCCUACAGUGUGCUGUGUUUGAUAAGACGUUGGCAGAAUUAAAAACACGAGUGGAGAAGAUAGAGUGCAACAAGAGGCAUAAGGCAGUGCUCACCGAGUUGCAGGCCAAGAUAGCCAGAUUAACCAAACGUUUUGGAGCAGCCAAAGAUGAUCUUAAGAAAAGACAAGAAAGCCCUCCAAACCCACCCAUAUCACCAGGAAAGCCUGCCAAUGACGUCAAUAGCAAUAAUAAUGUGACCUACAGAAAUGCAGGCACAGUGCGACAGCUGCUGGAGUCCAAAAGAAAUAUUAGCGAGGGUCCACCACCGUCCUUUCAAACUCCUGUGAAUACAGUGUCUUCAGCCAGCCAUGGCCCGUCCUCAGCAGCUGUCAGUAGCCAGCCUAAAGUGCAGCCCUCAGCAACCUCAGGCUCUCUGCCGGCAGCACCUCUUCUCCCUGUGCCCAGCACGGCCACAGUAGUUGCCACUACUCAGGUGCCUAGUGGGAACCCUCAGCCUACCAUCUCUCUGCAGCCCUUGCCGGUGAUUCUGCAUGUGCCCGUUGCCGUAACCUCUCAGCCUCAGCUCCUGCAAAGCCAUCCAGGGACUUUAGUGACCAAUCAACCAUCUGGCAAUGUGGAAUUCAUAUCAGUACAAAGCCAACCUACAGUGAGUGGUCUUACCAAAACUCCAGUCUCCUUGCCACCUCUGCCAAACCCCACUAAACCAAACAUUCCGUCAGUGCCCAGUCCUAGUAUUCAGAGGAACUCUUCAGCCACUGCUGCACCUUUGGGAACAACACUUGCUGUACAGGCCGUUCCAACUGCACAUUCUAUUGUGCAAGCCACGAGGACUUCUCUACCCCCAGUCGGCCCAUCAGGACUCUAUAGCUCUUCAAGCAGCCGAGGCUCCAUACAGAUGAAAAUCCCAAUCCCUGCGUUUAGCACUUCCUCCUCUGCGGAACAGAGCAGCUCUGCCACCCCCCGGGCUGAAAACCAGACAAACAAGACAGUAGACUCUGCUGUUAAUAAGAAAGCAGCUGAUAGCACAUCCCAGAGUGGAAAAGCUUCUAGCAAUGACUCAAGUGGUGUCAUUGAUCUCACGAUGGACGAUGAGGACAGCGGGACUACACAAGACCCCAAGAAGCUAAAUCCUCCUUCUGCGUCUACUGUGAGUACUUCUCAGCCCAUGUCUCGACCAUUGCAGCCCAUUCUACCAGCACCACCUCUUCAGCCCUCAGGGGUGCCAACAAGUGGGCCAUCUCAGGCAACUAUCCACGUUCUGCCUACAGCUCCAACCACCGUGAAUGUAACACAUCGUCCAGUAACUCAGGUGACCACAAGACUCCCUGUACCAAGAGCUCCUGCAAACCACCAAGUGGUUUAUACCACUCUCCCCGCACCAACUACUCAGGCUCCCCUACGAGGAACUGUUAUGCAGGCUCCUGCCGUCCGCCAGGUCAAUCCGCAAAAUAGUGUUACAGUUCGAGUGCCUCAGACAACCACGUACGUUGUAAACAAUGGACUGACUCUAGGAUCCGCAGGGCCUCAGCUCACGGUGCAUCACAGGCCACCACAAGUGCACAAUGAGCCCCCACGCCCUCUGCAUCCAGCGCCCUUACCAGAAGCCCCGCAGCCACAGCGCCUGCCCCCAGAAGCUGCCAACACUUCUCUGCCUCAGAAACCACACUUGAAGUUAGCGCGAGUGCAGAGUCAGAAUGGCAUUGUCCUGUCCUGGAGCGUCCUGGAAGUGGACCGGAGCUGUGCCACCGUGGACAGUUACCAUCUGUACGCCUACCACGAGGAGCCCAGUGCCACUGCGCCCUCACAGUGGAAGAAGAUCGGCGAAGUCAAAGCCCUCCCCUUGCCGAUGGCUUGUACUCUCACGCAGUUUGUGUCUGGCAGCAAGUAUUACUUUGCCGUGCGCGCCAAGGACAUUUAUGGCCGUUUUGGGCCUUUCUGUGACCCUCAGUCCACGGACGUGAUCUCUUCGUCCCAGAGCAGUUAGACCUUGGAGCUCUUUAGCUUUCACUUUUGAAGGUUUCACAUUUGGGCUUGUUUUUAAUCUUGUGCAUGAAAUUCAAUGUAAAAAUCCAUCUUGUGCAAGAUCUCCCGGACAGAUGACUGUAUACACUACGUUUGUUUAUGAACCGGAAGCAAAAUAAAUUCAGCCCAUAAAGCAAGUCUUCCCCUGAACAGUUCAAACUUCGGGGUUUUGAAAUGUAUAUUUAUUCCUUGCUUUGGUUUUGAGGCUGGGGAAUAUGUAUGGGUGUUUGUGUGUUUUCUUCCUUUCUUUGAAAUUUUAAAUUUCUAGUUGUAUGUAUAUCACAGUGCGAUCUCCUGUUUUCCUCUCAAAUUUACCUCUCUUCCAGUAGGAAGUGUAUUGGUGAGCGAAUCUGAGGUGCAGAGCUGGUGUGAUUCUGCCUCGAGGGGAGGCUAAGAUCAAAGAAUCUAAAUAAAACCCAAAGAAAGAAAUAAAGGAAAAUAUUCAGCUUAAAGUAGAUGGAUUUGAGCAGGGGAUACUCCCUGUGUUUGCUUUGCUUUCUCAGUUGCUGACAAGGUGAACAGUGUCCUGCCCUCACCUGAGUUCCUGGCUUCUCCUUUUGUGUUCGUGCCUUAACUGCAGAAGUCUACAGGCCAUGUGUCCAUUAUUGUAAAUUCCUCUUUAAGCUUUCAUUAGUUCAUUGCCACCAAAAUCCCGCACCCUUUUAAGUGUUUGAGAAGCAAGAUGUGGACACGUGUGUGUGCACGCAUUCUCCAUGACGUCACUGUCCUCAGCUCCACAGUUCUGACUCAUGUUUUAAGAACAUAUUUCUAUCUUUGCCCAUCAUUUAACUGCCCAUCUUAAAUUGCCAUAGUGUUUAGGAACAAAUUUCCUUAAGGCUGUUUUAGCAUCCAUGUUAUAUUAGGGAAUCCGAAGGAAGUUCUGGUUCAUCUCAGCACUCAGCACUCACGGGGUGGUGUCCUUUCAUGUCAGAAUUCAUGAAAGACUAGAAAAGCUCAGUUUCCUCUUGAUUCUCAGGAGGUCCCUACUGCUUUAGUCAGAACUGUUUUGAUGGUGCCAAGUGGAGUCUGAUUUAAUCUGGUUUCAGUAGAGCCUAAAUGCUACCAUUGGGGUCAUUCCAUACUUGGGGUAGAUCUGCUCGCUUUACUGUUUCUCCUUCAAUACAUUAAUAGACUCAGGCUCAGCCUUGCAUUUCCAAGGCAUGGCAGCUGCAGGGAGUCAGGCAGGUGCCUUCGAGACCUGAGGGGAGCACGAGCAUUAGGGACAAGUGAGGCGUUUGUGGAGGCUGAAGGCACUUUUGAGCUGUCUUUCCUUACGGUAUUUCAAGUCCUAUUUCUACCUUCACAAGCUGCAUCAGCCAUUCACUUGUCCUGGUAUUAAAAGCAGGAGCCCUGUUCCCUCUGUGUAUUCUCUGAUGGCUUACAGAAGGAAUCGUUAUGAAAAAAGUGUGUCUGUCAUCUUUAUGAAGGAAGCCUGCAGUUGCCAAAGUGUAAAUGCUUCUAACCUUCCAUUCUGAGAAAAAGGAUAACCACAGCAGAAUCCUUUUCCCACAAGUUCAGCUUGGCAAGCAAUCAUGUCACUAGGACUGCCAAGAUUCACAAUCAUGGGAAACUGUUGCCAGUGUUAUGGUAAUAAGGCUUUGGGAAGGAAGAAAUGAUUUCCUAAUUGCUGUGAGCAUGUCUCUGUACUGAGGGUGUCUGUCUUACGGAUGCAGUGUUGGUCUGGUCACCAUCAUUCCUGUUUAGUACAAAACGCGUAUUCAGAAUGUUUUUCCCUGGCUGGUCUGCUCACUGGCGAAUGAGAGUCUCUGGAUAAUAUGUUUGUUUCUAUUAAGUAAUUAUUUUGUAUUUACGAGUUCUUCUUUAAAAAGUUUUCAUAGUGUUACAUAAUCACGUGAAGAAAGCCCAGUGGGUGUUUUUUUUUUUUUUGUCAAAGGAAAAAAAAGUCCCAAAUAAUGGCUCUAGAUGUGACUUACUUACUUCAGAAAGUAAUUACUGUAAACUGUUUAUUCCAGAUUGGAAGAAGGUAUAGACAGAGAGUGUAAUCGUGGGCCGUCUCCUCAGAUGACUGUCAUGAUGCUUUUCUUUGGGCAGCAGUCAUGUUGAGUUUCCCGAAUAUGCUCAACCUGUGAGUGGCAAAAUGUAGGUGCUGACGGGUAUCGGCUUUUUAUCUGGCUGUUGGUGAGGGAGAGUGGAGGACUUUUUACUUCCUGGUGUCUUUUCUCAAAAGUAUUAUAAACAAGCUCAGUUGUCCCCUUUCUGGGGGUUCCGGUUUGCUACAUUUUUAGCCUGACAAUACUGGUAAGUAAGUAUUGACUUACUGGGAAUCCUGGAGACUUCUGAAAGUUCUAGAUGAGGCAUCAGUCAGUAGUAACCAGUGGUAACAGCUGUGUCUGUUACUCCCAGCUUUGCACUUUGAGUACUUUUCACCCUGUAUUAAGUGUGAGUAAGCCUCUGUGUUCUCGCUGAUGGCAUACAGAGACUGCAUGUUGUAGCAGUUCAUGUCACAAGCUGACUGUGUCCCUCCGUUUCUCCGGGCCCCUCUCCACGCUCGAUCUCUUUUAAAUCUGCAGAGUGCUGUGUGUACUGUGUGAUGGAUGCAGUAUGACUUUAUGAACAUAACAGAGCUUUCUUCCUUGGAAGUACUUGUUGGGAUAGCAUUUGCCUCACAGAGAGGCAUCCUUCCCCAGCCCCCACCUAUGCCAGACAAAGGAUGCCUUGAAAACACUGAGAGAAGCAAGCAUGGGGUCCCAGAGGCAUCUCUUCAGAGCUCUCUUCCGGUGUUGGACAGGUGUUCUGGUGGCUUGCUCCAAGUGCUUUAAAUAGCCUCAGAAUUACCACUUGGUGUCAGUGUGAGGUGGUAUUCAUUUUGCUUCCCAUGAGUCUCCCAGUACCAUAUGUGAUUUAGAAUGCUCUAUGUGGCUUCCUCUGUUGACAUCUGUGAUUUCACCCCAUAGGUCCUACAGAGAAAGCCUUCCUUCUUCUGAUUCCUCCUCAGGCCAUUUCACUAUCUCAAUAUGGUAAUUUCCCCCCUUGCCUGUGACCGGGUGGACUGGAACUAGAAAUGUCCUUGUGCUGUCGAAAACAGCUCUGUAACCAUGCGCGAUUCUGUCUUCCUUAAUUAUUUUCUGGGCAAAUGGCUUUAAAAAAUAUUUAAGGGACACACAACAAUUAGAGCAAUUAUGAGGGGUUUGUUGUCGUAGGAGACUAAUUCUUAAAACUCAUCCCCUUGAGCCAGCCGAAAAGGAGGAGCUGAAGUCACGCUCUGCUCUGCUCCCAUCUGCAAAUGACUUUAUCAUGUUUGAGCUUUUGUUUUGUGUUUUAUAUGUAGCGAUAGCAGAGUACCUAUCAUUUAAAUAUUUAAAUGUUUCCUCUCUUUAUGUAAAUAAGGGAACUAAGCAAUCAAACACCUUCUGGGCGAUCCUAGCAGAGGACUUUAUCAACCAUUUCAAAUGUACAUGUAACAAUGAGCCCCUGUAGGAAACGCGCAUCCCAAUGUCUGUCUGCCGAGGUUGGAAAUGUAAAUACUGAGAUGUUUCAGACCCUCUAAAGUCUGACGCCAACUGCGAGGCAGCAGGUCGGUCACCCUAUUUUUAUUAGGUUUUGAAGGUUUUAAUUUUCAUUCUUAUCUAAAUGUACAGUAGAGUGGUGUCUGUCUGUCGACUGUAGUGGGGUUUGUCCGGCAAGCCUGAACUUUAUACUUUGAAAUAAAUGACUGGGUUUUUAACA